AUGGGUUUGGUACGGCGUUUGCUAGUGUGGGUUAGCCUGGUGUGCUGUUCUUACAGCAUCUUUGAAUCUUUUGAUGGUCAGCAGAAUCACAACAGACUCAUUCCGGAGCCAGCACCACCAUUCAAACCCUCUGCCAACCUCACCAAAAAGUAUGAACUAAAUCGCACUGGGCUACAAAUGUUGUCCUCCUUAUAUAAACACCUUCCAGCAAUCAGGGUGCAAUAUUCAACCAUUUCUCCACAAGUAAUGGAUAUUGUUCAGAAGUUGAAAAGAGAUAUAACAAGGAGGGGAGUGACAGAUGACCCAUGGGACUUAGCAAGAAGGUCAUGGGCCAAACCAAGGUCAUUGCUUCCAGAAUCAGCACCUGGAUUAGGAGAUGUUCUUGCUGCCCUUUCCACUGCUCCUAUCACAGCAGCUGAUAUUGGUUACAGAGGAACACAGCUCAAAGUGUCACUCAGGCUGAAAGGCGGCCAGAUUGUAGUUUUUAAACCAUUAAGAUAUUCUCGUGAUGAGCUCAUUGAAGGUAUUUAUUCAGGAUUUGAUCGGCACAAUGGAGAAAUUGCUGCAUUCCAUCUCAGUAGGCUUUUGGAUCUGCGGAUGGUACCCCUUACUACAGGUCGUAGUGUAUCUCUCAAAAGACAGAUACUACCUGUUUCAACCUGGAGACUCAGCAAAACAUUUAUCCAAGGGAGAGCGGGUCAGAUGUGCUUGUAUGGUGUUUGUCACUAUUGCCGAAAAAAUGAAUCAGUCUGCGAGAACUUCCACUCUCUAGAGGGCUCAGUGAUCAUGUGGCUGCCAAAGAAACUCCGACUCCUAGAAGAACCUCACCCAUGGAGACGCACAUAUGUAAAGAACAAGUUUGCAAACACAAAUGGGAGAAAUGAAAGUUAUUGUGAAAGAGUGAUACAUAGUAAUCAGGCACCAAGACUGUUGCAUUUGGUGGAUGCAGCUGUAUUUGAUUUCUUGAUGCAGAAUGGAGACCGGCAUCACUAUGCUCGUGUUGCAGGUGCAAACGACUCUCCUGUCGUUUUAAUAGACAAUGGCAAAGGUUUGUAG